AUGGCUUUCCAAAACUACAGCUUGUUUGUUCUGUCUAUCAUCAUGAUUUCUUUUGGACAUGUUGAAAAUAGAUUGAAUCUUCUUCAACUUCAAAAUGAUAUAGACAAACUGAAAGCUGAUUUUAACUCAAGUCAUUCUGAUGUAGCUGAUGGCGGACCUAUUUUUACGGAGAGGCUGAAAAGCUGGACAGAGAGAAAUGAAAAGGAGAUCAUCCUGAGUCAGAUUAUUUCCAUGUACUUGGAAAUGCUUGAAAGCACUGACAGGUCAAAGGAUCAUGUCAGGAACAUAACUGAGGAGCUCUAUACUCUGAAAAAAAGCCUUUCUGAUGGCUCAAAGAAGAUGGAAGAUCUCAAGGACCUGACAAAACUUCGGAUGAGUGACUUGAAAGUUCAGCGCAAGGCUGUAAAUGAGCUGUUCAGCGUCUUACAGAAACUGGGGGAUACCUCAAGUUCUCACAAAAGGAAAAGAAGCCAGUUUCAGAGGCUGUGCAAAUGCUAAUUCCAUCUCAGGAUCUUCUGUACUGAGCUACUGUGCAAAUCUUGUUGGGACAAGAUUUUUUUUAUUUCAAUCUUUUAAUUGAUUUUUUAUACAUUUAUUUAUUAAUAUUUAAGUGUCUUAAGUAAUUAUUUAUAAAGAAAUACUAAUCAAAGUAUUUAUACUCCCUAAUAUUAUAUAAGAAAUGACUUUGUCUUAAAAUCCUGUCUAUUUGUUAUAUGUUGUUGACCUGAAAACAGAGAGUGAGGCAGUGUUUACCUAGUUUCCAUAUGGAAAUCUUGAAAUUACAUUAUAAUGGUACCCAGCUUUCCAUCUGGUGCUGUCUUGAGAGAGGGAUGUUAUGAGAUUAGUCUCAUCUAUUUGGCAUGGAGAUACAAGCACCAGUAUGGGGGAGUUACUCUAUUCAGGAAAAACAUAUUUAUGUCUGCUUACUACUAAACAUAUCUAAAUCCAAAUCAAGCGAGUAGACAUGCCUAAAGAUAAACAAAUGUUGAAGAAAAUUUCUGAACUAGAGGACUAAUGGUUAAUUGCUGGUUACUAUUAUUAUUAUUAUUAUUAUUAUUAUU